AUGCUCAACACAACUACAACAAUUACAAUUACAACUACAACUACAACUACAACUACAUUGACAGGGAUGGAAAACAUAUCUCAAUUCUCUAGUCUGCUACUACAGUUGAUUCUGUCACACCUCGAUGAUAAUAUUGAUAGAGUGUGCUUCAGCUUGGUCUGCAGAUCGCUGUUUAGGAACAGAGAUAGGUAUCUCUUCUUCAAUCCCAACAUCGAGCCAGUGGUCAGAGACGACAUAUACGAUGAGCGUGAUGACUACACAGACCUUCAAAACGAGAAGGAGGCCCAGGAAACUUUGGAGCAUGAAUAUGUAAUCCUGUUCAGCUCGAUCAAGCUCUAUCGACCAUCCCAUUACCAGCGCCAGUUCAUCCGUUGCCAUUCGCCAAUGAGGCUUGUCUAUGACUGUUAUAGCUCAACAUACAGCAUUCCUCAAUGCUUCGAGACUUGUGUUGUCGACAACGGGGCCAUCUUCAUCCCAAACUCAAUCACAACACUGUUCUUCAAGUCGUUGCCACGGGAUUUCACCAUCUGCUAUGGACUAAUCCCUCAAACAGUGACAACGCUAAUCAUUGGAAAGCUUUGCCACAACCUCACUAUUGAGUCGGGUGCGAUCCCAUAA